ACAAUUAGAACUGUGAUAACACAGCUAAAGUCGCAACUAUAUACAGAAACUCGCCGUGUUAUCCACCAGUGCGGUCUUGCUUUUUACCAGAGCGAACGAUUUGGGAGUUUACACUCAUUAUGUAGUUGUAGUGCGCGUUUGGAAAAUAUUAAGUGAAAAGUUAUGUUAGUGAUUAUUGUUGCUGUAAUUUGGAUGGUAUCAAUAUUCCAUAAUGCGUUAUCUUCGGAAGUUGUCCCUGAAGCCAAACAAAUCGAAUACAAAAGUAGCAGAUUUUCAGUGGGUUUUCAUGUACUUCUACCAGUGGCCGGACUGAUUUUGGUCGCUUUUGGAAGAAAGCAAAUAUUCGAAAAGCUUAUAAAUCAAAUAGAUAAAAGAUGUUUAACAGUUCUUUGUCCACGCUUUAUAAAAAAGGAAGCACUUCUAAAAUGGGCCAGUGGCAGACUUCCCCCGACUUGGUCUUCGCAUUAUACAAAAACUUUAUCUGGUGGUAUAGAAGACUUAUGGCGAGACGGAUCCUUGCUGUGUACUUUGAUUAACGCAUCUAUCCCAGGAGCAUGUCCAAAUCCUCAUAGACAUUGGAAGAAACCACCAGUGCAUGCACAAGCCAUGGCGUAUAAGUAUUUUGGAGUCAUACCGAUUUUUUCAAACGAAGACUUACAGAAGGCUCUUAGUUCUCAACUGGAAAGAAAGUUUAUCAAGUACCUAUCCGAAAUUCAAAUAUCAAUGAAUAAAAUCGCAGAAAAUAACGAAAAAGAGAAAAAGAUUACCGAACGAUACAUAGUAAGAGGAAUGGGAGUUUUUUCCGGAGAACAGUACAAAAUGGCCGAAUUCUACGUAUAUUUAGACGAGAACUGUGACGACGACAACGAAAGCAACAUCAUAAUCCAAAUAAGAGGUCCUUUCGGAUCAUUCGGAGAAGCUAUUUCUCCAAAACUGAUCAACAGAAAGCGCAAAUUUACAAGAAAAAUUAAAUCACGGCGUAGGUCUUCUAUUAAACUUAUCGAAAAUCUCCAAUCUUUCCAAUGGAACUUUUCAAGAAGCCAAAAGAAAGUACCUAGCGAAGAAAUAGACGUCGAAGCUACUUUAGAAAACGACAGGAUUAAAGUUUGCUAUAUUCCGAAGAACUAUGGAAUGUACGAGAUCAACAUGAUUGCUGGUGGUGAACUAAUCAAAGGGUGUCCUUUUAAUGUCCACAUUUUUGUCAACGAAAAGAAUGAAAGUGAAGUAACUUUAAAGUCGUUGCGGCAUUCAAGAACUGUCAGAAAAGUUAUAGAUUCAUCUGAAGAAAAAAUGUCGUCAACGAUAAGUCAAGCAAUUCAAGAAGAAAUUUUCGAGGAAAAGCAACUGAUCCACAAAUCUUCAUUUAACUUCAAAGAAGUCGUAGAUGAAAUAACAAAGCAUGGAACAAUUUUCGAAGGUUUAAUAGACGACAAAAACAACAACUGUGAACGUAAACUUGAAGUCACCACAAAAGACACCGAUUCUCUCAAUGGCACCGAAAUCUGUGACCCUAUUAGCGGCGGUUCUAAUAUAUUUGAAAGUAGUGGCAAAGGAAAUUAUAAUAAAUGUGAAACGGAAACACCAAUUACUAACAUUAACGAAAAUAAAUCGGAUGUGUUAGUUAAUGAGCCUGUAAUAUUACCUGUAGAUAUGGAACCCAACCUUAAAAAUUCCACUCAAAAGAAUGUUGACCCAGUAGAGAUAACACCAAGUAAAUUAACCGAGGAAAAUAACAAUAUUGCGGAUAGUUUUAGUACGUUCAUCCUUAAUGAAAUAUAUUUAAAAGAAGAUCAAACAUGCUUUAACAAUUCACUAGAAAGAAAUACAGGUCGUCGUGAUAUGAACGAAAAUAAAACUGAUACAGACAAUAACAUUGAAAGUGGUGUAAAAGUUAAAAACACGUAUACUAACAUUAUUAACCAAAACGGGAAUAUAAGGAAUAACAAUCAUAUUAAAGAUUUAAUUGAAUUAAAGCAUAAUGUAAAUAAGGAACUACUAGCAAAAAAUAAUGAAAAGAUAGAUGAAACUAAGGACACACUGAUACAAAAUAAUGCAUAUACUAAGAACACAUAUAAUAAUAUUUCCCCGGUCACUAAUCAUAUUUUUAAAGAAAAGGGGAAGAUAAUAGACAAACAAAUAAACGACAAACCUAAUUUAAUAGUUGAUGAAACAAAUAAUUUAGAUAAAGACGUUCUAACAAAUAAUGAAACCAAAGAAAAUGAUGAGAAAACUAAAAGCAACUACCAAAGUAAUAUAGUAUUUGCUAGUAGUCAUUUUAAAGCACAAAAUAGAGUAUUGCAGUUAAAACAUUCAUUUGAAAAUAAAUAUAUUCCUAAAGAAAAAAGUAACAGUGAUAAAAGUAGAGAAACUAAGUUACCCAAUAAAUCAAUGAGCAAUAAAUUUGACAAGUUGAAUGUUACAAAUAAUAUUUUUGAAUCUCAAGUUGAAGAAACAAAAAUAAAAAAUACUGUUAUGUACGGGGCAAACAAAGUGUCAAAACCUAAGGAGUAUGAAGAAAAAGGAAGAAAUCAGGAAAACGAGCUGGCUAGCAGGAUUCAAAAGUUUUUUGGUAAAACUUCGUCUAACAUAGAUACAGAAUCUUAUUCGGAUACAGAAAUACCUUCUAAUAAUGUAAUACCACACGAAGAAAACGAAAAAAUUCAGGAAAGUGAACUAGCUAGCAGAAUUCAAACAUUUUUUGGUAAAAAUUCGUCUAACGCAGAUAAAGACACUUAUUCGGAUAUAGAAGUAUCUUCUAAUAAUGUAACACCACACGAAGAAAACCAACAAAAUCAGGAAAAUGAGCUGGCUAGCAGAAUUCAAAAGUUUUUUGGUAAAACUUCGUCUACCAUUAAAGAAACUUAUUCGGAUAUCGAAAUACCUGAUAAAAACAAAUCUAAUAAUGUAACACCGUUAGCUAACCACGCAAAUGAUUAUGUUUUAAAUAAACAAUUUGCAAAGUUUAAAGCAAAUAAUAACGAGUCUAAGCCAAUAUUUGUCAAUAAGCAGCAAGUGGCUGCAAUUGAUAAAAAGCAAUUAGAUCAUAAUAAUUGUACUAGCUAUGUGUGUCAGCCUCGCUAUAUGGAAAACGUUAAUGUAAAUAAAAUUAAGAUUCCUGAAAGGUUUAUAGACCCGCCGACUAAAAACUGUAUGUACAGGUUGGAUGAUAAAUAUUUCAAGAACAUCUUAAAUGAAUCUAACAAGGUUACCCAAAAAACUAACACCAGAGAAGAGCUAGAUAAAAAAGAAAGCUGUGAUAAUUCGAUUAAAAAUAAAUCUCCGAACGACUGUAUCGAAAGUUGUGAUAAAUAUGAAAUGAAUAAUAAUUCGAUCAAGCAACGAAUUCAAAUGUAUUUAGAAACAAACUCUGUCCCCAAUAAUUUCAAAAUUGUUACCAAAGAUACUUCCCCGAUAUGCCUCGACCAUAUUGUGCCUGAAGUAGAAGGAUUUCCGAAGACUGUGGCGGAAAGAAGAAAGAUUUUUGCCCAGUCUUCCUUGGGAAGUGAGUCCAACUCGAAGAAUUCCUCAUUUUCGGAAAACGAAAGUAGUUUAGGAUCCAGUAUUAAAAAAUUCAAAAUUGAGGAUCUCACUUUCCUAAAUGCCCUGAAUGAUUCCGUCGUCUCGCCCAACGAAGAUUGGUCCUUAUGCAGUACAGUCAGCAUGCCAAAUCUAUCCAUAGAAUCAGAAUGGUCUCCCAUGAGCUCAGUCAAAGACAAAAAGUUCUUUUGGGAAAAUGUUUCUUCGCGAAGCUCCAGUUCUAUCAGUAAUAAAUCGUUGUCUCCAAAUAAAAUGAAAAAAACUUUUAGUGAGCUGGAAAGGAGCAAGCUGAUAUGGAAAAAACCAGAUGAAAGUAUUAGCGUGAAAGAGACUUUUAAAGAAAACGUUACUUCUAGUGGAAAUAUGUUGGGAAAGUCAGCCGAUGAUAUUUUAUCUAUGACUGAAAGUCUUGCUCACCAACAUAACAAAAAAUACCAAUCCGUUGAUGACUCCUUAAAUAAAUGUACUGUCUUAUCGAUAGAAGAAAGGAAGAAGAUGUUAUUAAAACAAGCUUACGUACACGAAAAGACUAAUAAAGAAAAAAUUAAACAAAUGAAGAAAAUGGUAUAUAAACCAGAUUUAAAAGAUGUUUCUCAGGAGAAAGUAAAAGAAACUGUUACAUUUUCACCAAUAUCAGAAAAAAUCAAGAGAUAUAAUAGUGUUGUACAAUUACCUACGCAAGAAAAGAAGUUACCCAAGUCAACUCAAAUUCGAAAAGCAAAAAGUUUUCAUAUCCGUACUACUACAAAGCAAACCGAAGAGUCCGACAAAUCAAGCAUCGGUCACUUUAAGCAAACCAUCAAGUACUUUAAAAACUUGGAGAAGCAAUCUCAAACCGUAAAAGUCAAACUACCAAGCACCAGCAGCCAUCUCGAAAAUAUAAGUCCAACAGUCAGAUAUCGAACUGGCAGUUUGAACCUUCCUAAGGUGUCCGAUAAGUUUUCGGUGCACAACUUAUAUGAUGACGUGUUUGGACACAACCAUAGCUUCAAAGGAACACCCAAUCGGUCUGCUCUUGUAGAAGCUUUGGCUACCCUCACCAGAAACCCCAGUAAGUAUGACAUGAGCGAGAAAGCUGAGGACGACAUUCAGUACGAUCUCUUCAAACAUGUUAAACGAAGAAGACGAAAAAGCUUAAAAUCGAUAUUUGAUAUAUAUUAUUAGGAUAGUUAAGUAAAUAUAUAACAUUAUUUAUUUUAGACUUAAGGUUUAUUGGUUAAUAGAUAAAUAAAUUUGCUUUAUAUUUUUAAAGCAAUAAAAAUA